AGGAAGCCGAGCUCUGUGGGGGCUCAACCUCCAACUUGUUUCGGUUCAUUCAUCCUUCUCUGCUCUCCGCUUCGAGGAAGUGACUGUGGCGCUUGGGAUCUCACAGGUCUCUGCAAGUUGGUGCCUAAGAAGAUGAUAAUCACACAAAUGAGUCACUUCUGCAUGAUCAGCCUUGGUCUUCUCUUCCUGAUUAAUAUUCUCCCUGGAACAACUGGCCAAGGGGAAUCAAGACGACAAGAACCUGGGGACUUUGUGAAGCAGGAUAUUGGCGGGGCACAGCAGUACACUGGGCGCUCGCUCAGGCCUGGAGUGCACUUGCACCAGUGUGUAGAUCUGCUGCCAUCUCUGCUUGAGUACACCAUUGAUGUGUUUUUUCGACAGACAUGGCGUAAUGAAAGACUGAAAUUUGAUGGACCCAUGAAGAUCCUUCCACUGAACAAUCUCCUGGCUAGUAAGAUCUGGACCCCUGACACCUUCUUCCACAAUGGCAAGAAAUCUGUGGUCCAUAACAUGACCACACCUAACAAGCUGCUCAGGCUGGUGGACAAUGGAACCCUCCUCUACACGAUGAGGUUAACAAUUCAUGCUGAGUGCCCCAUGCAUUUGGAAGAUUUUCCUAUGGAUGUGCAUGCCUGCCCACUGAAGUUUGGAAGCUAUGCCUACACAACAGCUGAAGUAGUUUAUUCUUGGACUCUUGGAAAGAACAAAUCCGUGGAAGUGGCACAGGAUGGCUCUCGCCUGAAUCAGUAUGACCUGCUGGGCCAUGUUGUUGGGACGGAGAUAAUCCGGUCUAGUACAGGAGAAUAUGUCGUCAUGACAACCCACUUCCAUCUCAAGCGAAAAAUUGGCUACUUUGUGAUCCAGACCUACUUGCCAUGUAUUAUGACUGUCAUUCUGUCACAAGUGUCUUUCUGGCUCAACAGAGAGUCUGUCCCUGCCCGCACGGUCUUUGGUGUCACCACAGUUCUCACCAUGACCACCUUGAGUAUCAGUGCCAGAAACUCCUUACCUAAAGUGGCAUACGCGACGGCCAUGGAUUGGUUCAUAGCCGUCUGUUAUGCCUUUGUAUUUUCUGCGCUGAUCGAAUUUGCCACUGUCAACUACUUCACCAAGCGGAGUUGGGCUUGGGAAGGCAAGAAGGUGCCAGAGGCCCUGGAGAUGAAGAAGAAAACACCAGCAGCCCCAACAAAGAAAACCACCACCACCUUCAACAUCGUGGGGACCACCUACCCCAUCAACCUGGCCAAGGACACUGAGUUCCCCACCAUCUCCAAAGGCGCUGCUCCCAGUGCCUCCUCCACCCCAACAAUCAUUGCUUCACCCAAGACCACCUACGUGCAGGACAUCCCGACUGAGACCAAGACCUACAACAGUGUCAGCAAGGUUGACAAAAUUUCUCGCAUCAUCUUUCCUGUGCUCUUUGCCAUUUUCAAUCUGGUCUAUUGGGCCACAUAUGUCAACCGGGAGUCAGCUAUCAAAGGCAUGAUCCGCAAACAGUAGAUAGUGGGUGCGCAGCAACCAGAGCACUGUAUACCCUAGGAAGCAUCCAGGCACCCAAACCCCAGGGCUCCCCUAUGUGUGUUUCAGGAUUUUUCAUUUAACCCUCUACCAAGCCGUGACUCUCAAAUCAUAUUUAUGAAUCUCAAUGAAAAAACAAUAACAACAGAAAAAAAUUGCCCCUCUAACAUUGCUGAGUGUACCCUCAGAGCCAAACACUGCCAUUUGUCCAAAUGCUCAUCUUAGUCUGCCAGUCUCCCCAAGCUGAGGGCACUGCAUGUAUUUUACUGCACUCUGCCCUCUGCAGAAAGAACAGGAGACUCUACUACCUAUAGUGGGAGCCUUGGCUGUUUGAGAGGUCCACACCAAGGACAAUUGUUGACUGAUCCAGAUCAGAUGAUUCUGACUCACUAGGGAGCUAGGCUGGGCUAUCUCAUAUGGGAAAGUCACCUCCCUGCCAAGACAAUUAGUCAAAUACUGGAUGGGGCAAGAAAGUUGGGCUUGGUGGUAGUUGAGGCUUGAAGUCUGGCUCAGAAGAGAAGGCUGCUGGCAGGCAAAAGUCAGAUUCUAUCCUCCAUACCUGCCACACCCCAAAGCCUAGCCCAGGCCCAAGAACUUUGCUCCCAUUGUGUCAGGGACCUCUGGUCCUCUGUUGAUGCUGAUUCUGAGAGGGGUGAAUCAGAAUAGAGUUGAUUGAGUCAACUAAAACAUUAUCUUUAUUACCAGUUUGAUAAUAUAUUAUUUAUAGGCCAUUUGAUCUCAUUUGUUCAUAAUGCGAGUAAAAAGGACAUUUAUAAUUAUAAUAUUUUCUGAGGAAGAUUAGCCCUAAGCUGACAUCUGUGCCAAUCUUCCUCCACUUAAUAUGUGGGUCACUGCCACAGCAUGGCUCAUGAGUGGUGUAGAUCUGCGCUCAGGAUCCAUACCCACAAACCUGGACCGCUGAAGCAGAGUGCACCAAACUCAACCACUAUGCCACAGGGCUGGCCCCUAAAUUAUAAAAUUUUUAUAAGGUAGCUAAGCUAAGUCUCAGAUGUUUGAAUGACUUGCCUAGGCUCCUUACAAGUGUCUGUAGUAGAGAACUAUCUUGCACCCCUUUCCAAGGCCAAAAUGAAGACAUGACUGAGAAGCCAGGUCCACCUUGACCUCAGAAUUGGCACAAUCUCAAUAGGCCUGCUGGGUCCUGAAAACAGUUUGGUUGGACACCUAAAAGAGUUUUAGAAAGUUACAAUAUGUCACCCAAGCAGACCACUUCUAAUAGUCACAGCUCAAGGGAAUGAGAUUGUUUAAGAUGGCAGCCCCAGCCCCUAGUCCAGAGUAUCCUAGAAGGCUAAAGUAAAGCCACAGAUGGCACCAAAAGCAGAUUCUCCCUGCCCACUCUGUGAACAACGCUCCUAAGGGGUCUAUCAUUAGCUGCUGGUUGCCUUUUCACCCAUCCUUCCCCCAUUCCCUGCUUCCUUGCCAUUGCUGGGAUAAUGCAUGCAAGUCCCAUUAUUCCUAAGACUGUGUCUGUAGAUAAAUUCAUGACUAGAAGAAUGUGGUGUCGUGGAUCUGUGGGGAUGGGGGGUGGGGUGGGUGGGGCUGCUAAUGAUCGUCUUAAGGAAUUUAGAAUGGAAGCCUGACCUUUGCCUCUCUGUAGA